GCAACUGCACCAAGCUUGGCCCUUCGUUGACCUGAAGAUAUCUUUUGUGGCGGCUCUGUUGCUACGCCUUCUGCCAGUUCUGGAGAAGCGGUGAUCUUUUGUUGGUCAGUCAUAGCUGCCCGGCAGUGCAACCUCUUUUUGACUUCCUGGUUACAGAAGCCAUGAACGAGAAGGGCGCAUGCUGAAAUGCUCCCAUGUCAAAAGUUAGAUGACAAGAAAGUAUCUGGGGCUAAACACCUCCUUUGUCACGCUGUUGAAGGGGUGAGUGCAGUCACUCAAAGAUGGACGACAAGAGGUUUCACGAUGUGACAACGUUCCACAGAAGCAGCGUCCACAUUCUCCUUGCUGACAGGGACUUGCAGACAAGGAAAGAAGUGUUUGAGCUUUUACGCCGCUGCUCUUACAAAGUGACUGCAGUUGAGAGCGCCAAGCAUGUGCUUGAGGUUUUGCGAGCUGGAGGACCAGCAGUGGAUGUGAUUCUGUCAGAGGUGGAAUUCCCUCAUGGGAAGGGCCUAAAGCUCCUGAAGCACAUCAUGAGGGAAGAGAAGUUGAAGCAGAUUCCUGUCGUCAUGAUGUCACAAAGGGACGAGAUGGCUCUGGUGGUCAAGUCUCUGCGGCUGGGGGCCGCAGACUACCUCGUCAAGCCUCUGAGGACCAAUGAGCUGCUCAACCUGUGGACUCACAUGUGGCGUCGGAGGAGAAUGUUGGGAAUGGCUGACCGUCUCAGUGGCCACCCCAACAUGAACGGCCCCCCCCUGGAUCUCGCCUUCUCCAACACCAGUGACUCCAACAGCGGGAGCGUUGACAUGCUGUCCAACGAGACCGUUGGGGAACGACGGACGCGGCUCGAGGGGCAGGUCAACGAGGACAAUGAACGAGACCGAGAGGAUUCAAGACCGCAGAUGUCCCCAGUCCUGUCUCUGUCAUUGAAGCCCUCAUCUGAGGGAGUAGAAAUCAAGGCUAAAAGUGGCUAUGAGAUGCUACCCCUCUCCCGCAAACCUUCCUACGGCUCACCAGCAAAGUUCCGCACCCCUCCUGCCCCACCUCCCAAUAACUCUCUGUUCGGCCACACCCCCAAACGGAUGAGGGGAGGAGAGAUCGAGAGCAGGGGGUUCAGUUCCUCUGCCCGAGAAGCCCCCGAGCAGACGAGCGGAGAGAGCCAGCCUCCCUUCCACCAACCCCCCCAGCUCCACAAGUUUGUGCCGUCGUCGGGUUGGCAUCCGAACGGUGCCCAGCACGCCCCCCAGACGGGCAGCAGCAGCACCCCCCACAGGAGCGCAACCGCUGAGGGGGUCCCUGCCUGGGCAGCUCCCCGAGUCAGCCAGCAACCCCCGGCGCAAGAGCACUUUUCUCGGGGGGCGCUGGUGCACUCCCACGGUCAGGAAAUGCAGCAGAGGGGCCACAACGUGGAGAGGAGGGACAGUCUGCCGACCCCCCCAGAAUACGGAAGGACGCGGCACGUAGGGGCGAGCUCGAACGCCGGAAACUCUGCACCUCCUCCCGAGUACCACAGGUCAGCGUUCCAGGGGGAUGCUCGGAGGGGGACAGAGGGGGGGGAGGGCUCCUGGCAGAAUAGUCACCGCCCCCCCUACUUUCCAGAGCCACAGUUCGCGGGGAUGGUUCCGAGCAACAUGGGGGCGAUGGCACAGCUUCCCCCCCACUUUUACAUGCCUCCUCACGUUCAGGGGGGUGGCCGUGAGUCCAGCAAAGCAGAUUACAGCUCGGGGGGGAGCGGAAGGGACCACAGCCCCCCCACAGUUACACCCCCCCGGGAAGAGCGGUCACAGAGUUUUGGCGAGGCCGCCUCGGGGAUGUUCGGGAUGCCCCCUCAGAUGCAGAACGGGAUGCCCCCCCAGAUCCCCAACGGAAUGGCCUCCAACGGAAUCCCCAAUGGAAUGGCCCCCCAGCUGCCAAACGGAAUGCAGCUGCCCUCCGAUCUGCUGAUGAACCCGCACCUCGCGAUGUUCAACCUCCCCCCCGGGAUGAUGCCCCCGAUGCCGCUCCCCCCAGGAAUGCCCCCGGGCCUCGCGGCCGGCCUCAUGGGCCAGAUGCAGUUCUCCCCCUUCUUCCAGAACAUGCUCAACCCGCACCUCAUCCGCCCCCCCGUUCAGAGAGUCCCCACUCCGCCUCCCCCCCCAAACGCCCAGCCUCAGAGCAAGCCCCCCCAGGUUCGAAGCGCGAGGUUUAGCCCCCCUCCACCCACAACAGGGGGGCCAGUGAUCGGUGUCUCAGUAGGGGGGCCGCCGGCCCCCAUGUGGCCGUUGCUCCAGGCGGGGGUGGACCGGAAGAUGGACCAGGCCGAGAGGCGCGAGGCGGCGCUGAGCAAGUUCCGGCAGAAGCGGAAGGACCGGUGCUUCGCGAAGAAGAUCCGGUACGCGAGCCGGAAGAAGCUGGCCGAGGCGCGGCCGCGCAUCAAGGGCCAGUUCGUGCGUCAAAAGGAGGGGGGUGCCCCCGGGGGGGGUGGCGACGAAGAAGAACUAGAGGAGGAGGAAGAAGAGGAGGAGGAGGACGUUGACGAGGAGGAGGAAGACGAGAACAAAGGCGCGCAGCUGCCGGACAUCUCGGGCUCGCUGAACGGGAGUAACGACAGCCAGUCGGCGUUGAAUAUCGAGAGCCGGUAGCGGGGUGGCGGGCUCGCUGCUGUAUGAUUGGGGGAGUGUCCCUGAAGCGCAGGGGCGCUGCGGGUGUUGCUUCGGUCGUGAUGCCACGCGGCCGACUUGUCAAGAAGUGGGGGGGUGAAUCGAGGCUCGUCCCCGCGGCUAGUCUGACCUCCGUUGCAUAGAAGAAGAUUGUCGAUAGCCGGAGCUUGACUGCAAUAGCACAGAACCCUGACGUUCUGGAAGGUCACCGUCAAGGGUAUGGAGAAGGGAAGGAGCUCGAAAGCAUUCUUGCUGAGGUCUUAGUAAAUGUAAGAUAAGCAAGCACCUGGUUUUAUUCUUACGAGCACAUUUGCUUUGGUAUUUGACUUUUUGUCGGCUGCCCUCUCUUGGCAAUUUGCAAGGUUUGUGCACAAUAUAAGUCAGCUUUAGGAGCUGAAUAGAAUGAAAACCACUUUUACGAUUUGAACAGUGACAGCUCUGCAACCGAUUUUUGUCAGUGUCCUUGUAUUUAUCGUCUUUGGAGAAGACUUUGUCUACCUAAUACAGACCCUUGCCGUUCAUUAUCCAUUAUUGCUCCG